AAAAUCAUAAUAAAAUUUUUUCCCGGAAACCCAAUCAUUUCGACAGAUAAUGUAACCCUGCUCCGAGGUCACGCAGCGACAAAUGCUUUUCCGCGAAAUCAGUCUGCAGAUCAUUGCACGUGAUAUUGAAACUGAGCAAUAACCUAAAAAAUCAUUUGCCUGAUAUAACAAUAAUGUCUAACGAAGAAGUCCCUACUGACGAGGAAUUGCCCAGUGAAAAAGCAUUCUUUAAGGUCGAUGAGAAAGUGAAAGAAAUACACAGCAUCUUGAAGUGGGAAGUGCAGCGACUCCGCCAAGAGAAAGAAGCGUUCGAUUCAGUCGCCAAGAAAUUAGAACACGUUCACUUCUCGGACACCAUUAAACUCAAUGUUGGCGGACAAUUCUGCACCACAAGUCUUCAAACACUGACCAAAGAUGCUGGAUCCAUGCUUCAUGCCAUGUUUUCUGGUCGUUUUGAUACCAAACCAGCAGAAGACGGCAGCUACUUCAUCGACCGAGAUGGCACGUACUUCCGCUACAUCCUGAAUUACUUGAGAAAUGGUAAACUUCUGCUACCGGAUGACAAGUUGGUUGAGAAAGAAGUCUUGGAAGAAGCAAAAUUCUACCAAAUACAGGGUAUCGUAAACGAACUCACUGCUAAACCUAGCGGCCCUCCUCCUCUCCAACUGAGCAAGCUCUAUGAUUAUUCAAGGAUUCUUUCGACAGCGCAGCGUAUUUAUUUGUCCGCAAUCCAUGGAGAAGACCAGAAAUUCAAGAAGUGCACUCUCCUGUACCGUGGUUCUAGGGAUGGAUGGGCCUCUUCAAUAUUUCAUUCCAAGUGCGAUUCAUUCAGUGGACCAACAAUGGUGGUGAUCAAAAGCACAUGGGGGUACAUCUUUGGUGGAUACACAGAGCAGUCAUGGGCAGAAUGUAACCCUGCUCCGAGGUCACGCAGCGACAAAUGCUUUUCCGCGAAAUCAGUCUGCAGAUCAUUGCACGUGAUAUUGAAACUGAGCAAUAACCUAAAAAAUCAUUUGCCUGAUAUAACAAUAAUGUCUAACGAAGAAGUCCCUACUGACGAGGAAUUGCCCAGUGAAAAAGCAUUCUUUAAGGUCGAUGAGAAAGUGAAAGAAAUACACAGCAUCUUGAAGUGGGAAGUGCAGCGACUCCGCCAAGAGAAAGAAGCGUUCGAUUCAGUCGCCAAGAAAUUAGAACACGUUCACUUCUCGGACACCAUUAAACUCAAUGUUGGCGGACAAUUCUGCACCACAAGUCUUCAAACACUGACCAAAGAUGCUGGAUCCAUGCUUCAUGCCAUGUUUUCUGGUCGUUUUGAUACCAAACCAGCAGAAGACGGCAGCUACUUCAUCGACCGAGAUGGCACGUACUUCCGCUACAUCCUGAAUUACUUGAGAAAUGGUAAACUUCUGCUACCGGAUGACAAGUUGGUUGAGAAAGAAGUCUUGGAAGAAGCAAAAUUCUACCAAAUACAGGGUAUCGUAAACGAACUCACUGCUAAACCUAGCGGCCCUCCUCCUCUCCAACUGAGCAAGCUCUAUGAUUAUUCAAGGAUUCUUUCGACAGCGCAGCGUAUUUAUUUGUCCGCAAUCCAUGGAGAAGACCAGAAAUUCAAGAAGUGCACUCUCCUGUACCGUGGUUCUAGGGAUGGAUGGGCCUCUUCAAUAUUUCAUUCCAAGUGCGAUUCAUUCAGUGGACCAACAAUGGUGGUGAUCAAAAGCACAUGGGGGUACAUCUUUGGUGGAUACACAGAGCAGUCAUGGGCAGGUAGUGGCAACUAUAAAGCUGACAACACCGCAUUUUUGUUCAGCCUGGUGAAUUAUUCAGGGAUAACGCCAAUAGUACAGAUGAAACCCUUCCAGAAUCACGGCAACGCGAUUUACUGCAAUAACGGCUAUGGACCAACAUUUGGUGGCAACUAUGACCUAUAUAUCUGCGACAAUCCACAAUCCAAUAAUUGCUCUUCGAAUAUCGGUGAUACUUACAAGCUACCCUCUGGCCAGACAGCUAAUACUUUCUUAACAGGUGGACAAUAUUUUAAGCUUUCAGAAAUGGAAGUAUAUGGUCUUCAAAAUUAGAAUUACAAAUAACCACUAGUAUGAGAUGAGUAUCCAAUGAUUUAGAAUGUGAUAAAUCCAGACUUUCCGUCGUACAAGACGAAAAUGUAGUCCGGCUAAUACUUAUCCGCAAUUAUAAAAACCAUAGCGGAUACAUCGUUAUUCUCGAAUCAUGUUUCAGUUUUCUAAUUUAAAUCAUAAUGAUCGUUGAUUGUAGUAUAGAGUAAAAUUGAAUAAUCAUAAUAAAUGACAGGUUGGCAUGUUUUA